AUGUCUGCGGUCAGUUCGAUGUCAGAGCAGGGGGAGUUGCUCUAUCGAAGGAGUACUCCUUCGGGUAUUCCAAUGAAAGGGCCCUACCUCGUCCCAAAGAUAUUAGUAGUCCAUUAUGUUUCGAAUUAUGAGAGGCGAGUCAGGAGAAAAAGCGUCAAGAUUCUUCUGAAAAUCACGAAUUUCAAGGAGGGAGUUGGAAAGAUGCUGUCUUCGCUGUCCUUGAUCCGUCCUCUCUUCUAG